CGAUACCUAACGAGAUGUAUUGUUUUGGGGCAUCAGAACUCUACAACAAUAAUAAGUACACUAGUGGUUUAUAGAUCAUGAGUACAGAAACCCUAGAACUGGUUCGUUUUAAAGAAAAACUCAGCUAUUCAUACAGAAUCUUAGUUUGAAUAAGCGAGACUUCUCGAGACUUGUAUUAUUUUGCGAGGUUGCAUGUACUUCCGGUUCGAGGAAUAUUGGAAAAAGUUGAGUUCCAGAAUUUUAUUUGAUGUCUUCAAUUAUAUGGUCAAAGAAUCGAAGGUCCACAAACUAGCAACUGAGAAAAAAUCUAAAGAUGCCUAAAACACCUGCUGUACGCAAUCAAGCCAGCACUGAGGGAAAAUCUAUGGAAUCUUCCUGUGGGACCAAGAGGCAAAUCACAGAAUCGCAUAGCGACUCAUGUAGUCGACAGUUGCUGUCCAAAAGACUGAAAUACGCUCCUAUAUGCUCAGACCAAGCUAACUCAAUCAAUUGUAGUUCCAGUAGUGUCAAUGGGGAGAACUCACAAGGAAGUGAUGGCCAAGUUAAAGAAUGGACAUUACUUAGCAUGCCUCGGGAGAUUCUAGAGACUAUAUUCUCAAUGAUACCUUAUGCUGAAGUCAUACGCCUAAGAAAAGUUUGUCGUGCAUUUGACAGUGUAGCCCAAGGUACGGUAAAUCAAACUUUCUUGCGGUUACAACAGCAGCUGACCCAGCGAUUCCAAGCAAUUAAGGCGAAGAUGCCACGUCGUGAGUCUCUGCGUCGUAAGCACCCCCUGGCGCGUGAAAGUGACAUCAUAGAGACAAUACAUAUGAGGUUGACCCUACUCCAAAUGACAUUUGGGAAACACAUCGAAAGAAAACACUGCUGCUUCUUUCCUGGGGAGAUCCUAGAUGAGAUAUAUCGUAUUCUACGCUACAUCAAGUCUACCCCAAGUCUUGGCCGAGCCUACAAGGUGACAGAUGAACUGUUUGAUCUCUCCUCUAUGGCGAUGGAAUACUUCAAGGAACAUGUUGAGCCAACUCUUCCUGAGAUCAAUUACUUUGCCACUGAGUUCCCUGAUCUUGCGACUCUUGCUUCACCAGCCACAAAGACAUACCGCUGGCAGAUGAAGGAUGCCCCCACCCCACAGAAACCAGUCCUCUCACCAAUUGACUUCUCCCCCCAGGCUAGUCCCCCAUCCCCCGAGAAAUACAACAAAAUGAGACAGAAGUUACGAACAUGCUCGGCGGAGAUUGUCGUCCUGAAGAAAGAUAUAAAAUCGUGCAAAAACAAAAUGGCGCAUCAGCAGAAACAACUCAUAGAGGCAAAUUCAAAAUUAGAGCAGCAUGAACGACGAUUUGAUGAACAAAAUAAAAAGUUUGAUGGUCUUUUGCGUGAAUUUCAACAUUGGAAAGAAACGAUGAAGCAUAGCAAGGAAAAAAUGUGCCGCCAUAAUUACCAUGAUGAUGUUGGUACAAAGCUUGGGUCCAGAUACAAGUCUCUGAUCAAACAUGCAAAGUCCAAGAGAGGCAGUAGCAUCAAUAUAAAACACAUACCAAAGGAUAUUAACAGUCAUUCUCGGCCAGUUGCAAUCAAUUUAGAGAAAAGCAGGCAUGGUGAAGUCUCGCCUGAGACAAGUGCCAUAGAAUGUACACCAAUCUCUGCCAAAGAUGGGACAGUCAUUGAAAUGGAGGUUUCAGAAUCAUUUUGUGCAAUUCACACAGCCAAUUCAUCAGAUGGUGAACAUGACAUCAAGCACACAAAUGGUGCACAUGACAUCAAGCAAUCAAUUAGUGCAAUUGACAUCAAAAACGCAAUCAAUUCAACUGCAGAUAAAGUUUCAGUUCCUCAAUACAGAUAUACAGUUAAUGCCCCAGAAAACAGACAUACCCCUACAAGUAGUGGUACCUUCACAGUAUCAGAUAAAUGA